GGGGGGGGGUCACCGUAAGUGCACGGGUGCGUUUCGGUCAUCUCCGAGCGGACCGCUGCCCGCGCAGACGAGACGCCAUGGCCCUGCUACUGGAGCACCAGUUCCGAGCCCUGCCGGCCGACAGACACGUGGAAACCAGACCUUUUCUCGAGGCUGCGUCUUACCUCGCGCCGUUCUUUGACUGCCUUGGCCCGACCAUCUUUGCACCCAUCAAGGCUGACAUCGUCGCAAAUAUCACAAAAAUCAAGGCAGUCCACGACACCAACCCGGGACGCUUCAGGACCCUUCAACAGAUUUUGGAGGUCGAGAAGGAAAUGUACGGAUCGGAAUGGCCCCAAGUUGGAGCCACGCUGGCACUCAUGUGGCUGAAAAGGGGCCUCCGUUUCGUCCAAGUCUUCCUCCAAAGCCUGCUCGACGGGGAAAAGGAUGAAAACAACCCGAACCUCCUGCGAGUCAACGUGACCAAAGCGUACGAACUGUCUUUGAAGCGAUACCACAGCUGGUGGCUGCAACAGCUUUUCAAGGCGACCGUUUUUGCUGCGCCUUACAAAUCGGACUUCUUGAAGGCGCUCUCCAAAGGCCGGGAAGUCAAGGAGGACGAGUGCCUGGAGAAAGUCAAGAAAUUCCUCCUCAACUUCGCCGCCACGGUCGAUGUUAUUUACGAGCUUUAUCACAAAAUGAACGCCGACCUUGACUGCAGAGUCUGAGCGCAAUCGAACUUAUUGGCUUUGUUUGCACUCAUCACGGACUUUGCCGUGUCGAUGCACUUUUGUGUCUUUUUGUCCUGAUCCUAUCACACAAUUAAUUUCACUGCACAUAGCCGAGAUGACGGUAGACUCUCGAAGCUAUUGUU